AUGCACCUUGGCACAUACAUCAAGUCAACUUCGUUUAAUGGGCUCGUGUUCGCCAAGUUUGCCUCCAAGCUACACCGAGACACAGCUGUGGCCUUGCUACGUAGCGUCAAAUUCAACGAAGGCGACCAGACGGUGUGGGCAACACAAGAUCUUCCUCCCAACGUUCGUGCUCGGAAGCUUUUUCUCAUGGGACUUCGUUGGCAGCUUGCGGAAUGGGGGUUCGUGAAGCGGGAGAUCCACAUGGAUGAAGGUUAUUCCAAACUUAUGAUCGGAGACCAGUUGAUCUUACAAGUUUCGGACAAAGGCGAUGGUGUUCUGCAGCUGGCUUGGUCAAACGAGUGGGCAAAUUGGGAGGAAUUUCAGCAAGCUCCCGAGCUACACAGACUUGCAGAAAAGGCCAAUGCGAUUUUGGGGAAGCAUACAAAGGGGGCAGGCAAAAGCAAGAGCAAAAACCAGGUCCCGUAG